CUGGUAAUCGCCCAGGCCACUUACCCGUUCCUUCACCUCUACCUCAUGUCGAAAUCUGCUUAACGUUUCCCUCUCUCUCGUCCAAUGGAUGCCUCAGGCAUUUGUGAGAAGGAUAGAGAACACUUGAAGCAAAUUCACGGUUUUACUCACGUUUCAGCGAUGGGUGACAGAACCGCGUCGAUGACGAACACUGGCAAGUGGAAGCAACCACCAACACCGAUAUCGCCUCCUUCGAACACCAGUUUCAAUUUAAAUCCGUUGUCUGGCCGUAUUAAGGACAAUCUUUAUGCCAAAGACGGGAAUCCAAACCGGAGUGCCACACUUGUUGCUAGGAAAAAGCAAAGAAUUGAACCUACUUUCAAACCGGAUAUGCCUUGGUCUGGGCGGCAGACCAAUAAGCGAUCAAUGUUGCCUCGAGAUUCUGAACCACAUACCAUGCCCCUGCCGGAGAGCAUCAACAUAGUCGAUGAAGAAGACGAAGACAUUGAAUUAAACCUCCCCGAAGGCGAUCUUUCUCAUAAGACCCGGUUUGACGGUUCAACGGAACGCACUAGCGGGUUCCGAAAGGUAACUGAACGCAUACCGAUGUUUAUCGCGGACAAAUCCCACUCAGCGCCAUCCCCCUCCUCCUCUAUCGAAAGCUUUGGCGACGAAGAUAAACCCGGAAUUGUGAAGCGGAAAGUGCACCAAUAUGAGAAUCUUGUAGUCGAUAAUAAUGGUCGCGGAUCUCAGUUGGACCUGCGCAAAGUCGGUGUUAAAAAUCGUAUGAAAGGAAGGGAGAGAGUCCCAACUACUUUUACGAAUUUUAUCAAACCCGUUGACUCGCAAGAUUCCUUAGCAACUUCAACAACACCGUAUGAGAACAAGGGAAAAGCGAAGCAAACCCAAGGAGACAUACGAAUACCAAUUUCAGAGUGGUACAUGGGCGCGUUACAUAUCCUGGAUACCUAUACAUUGUCUGCGGGAGAAACGUGUCUCGAAAUCCAGUCCACCUCCGACACAAAAAGUCUACGUUUCUCAGAUAUUAACUCAGUCACACUUUCCAGUUCGGCCCCAAAUACGCAUGGCCUGCCACCUCACCUUCAGAUAACGACAAAGCCUUCCCGUUCCCUCAGUCGAUUAUGGGGAAGCGACGAAUAUUUUCAGCCAGGCGAGCGCGAUAAAGGGUUGCUCACCUUCAGGGCAGACAUUCACGACGACUCAUGGAACCCCAAGAAAUGGGAUGCUCUCAAGCAGAGGUUGAAACGGUCUGUAGACCAUUGUACAGAGUCUCUGAGUUCAAAAGCGUUGUGGGAAAUUGCCUCUUGCGUCGCAGCCGCUAUCAAUUCUAAACGGGUGUUCAUCGAAGAUGAAGAUGAAACCCCAGUCAUGGCUGCGGGAGACAAGAAACGUAGAACAACUGCUACGAACUUUGCGAAAGACCCUCCCUCGAACCAAGAAGGUAUUCACAAGUAUCUCGUAACGCCGAGGCCGAAAGCUCAAGCGACGUACGGCUCCACCGGAUCGAAAUCCUUGAGGGCAUCUAAUCAGGAGGAAGGUGUGCAACCACCGAGCUUGUCGCGACGCUGGACUCGGCAGGCCGAACGUAAACCGCCCGCAGAAGAUCCGGACGAAGUAAUAUUAGUUUAUCCGCCUUCUACAACCGGGGCCGUGAAUAUUACAAAUGCGGACCUCAACCGACUACAACCCGGCGAGUUUCUCAAUGAUACGAUCAUAGAAUUUGGAUUGAAGCUUUGGCAUAAGGAACUCGAGGAAACCAACCCCGAGUUAGCUAAGCAGAUUCACAUCUUCAACUCGUUCUUUUAUAAAAAGCUCAAUAAGAAAAACAUUGAGGAAAGUUACAAGACAGUCGCCCGGUGGACCAGCAAAAUUGAUAUAUUCAAAAAGAAAUACGUUGUCGUUCCCAUCAACGAGAAUGUCCAUUGGUACCUCGCCGUGAUAUAUCAACCGCAGUAUGUUUUAUUCCCUCCAAAAGAGAAGGUCCCGCCUGCCACCAGGGGUCGGACUCGGCUCUCUCAGAGUCAAAGUGAAGGAAAGGUUGGAGAAAGCGUGCAGCACAUAACAGAGGCACAAGCGGGUGGCACGACUGACGAGAAGGCGGAGGCGAAGGAGAACGCUUCCGAAACACCAAUUGGGAUCAAUGAUGAUGAUGCAGACGAGCUCAUGGCUCCGUCAAUGGCUGAGGAAGAGAUUGAUGAGCUUGCAAGCGAUUACGAGAAGGAACCUGACCUGAAUAUUGUUGCGAGCAUCACUACGCCGCAUGAUGACUCUGAUGUCACGCCAAUGGAAGUGGACAACGAUGACGACGGAGGAAGUAGUGAUAGCGUCUCGGCACAACUACAAGAUAUAUCGGUCGGAGGCGAUGACGUGACUAUGGCCGACUUGGAGGAAACGAAGCCACAGGGCAACAAGCCUCCGUCAAUUCAACCCAUUCCACCAAAGGCUUUCUAUGAGAAUCCUUCGUCCAUAAAGGGGAAGGAGAAAGCGACUGAAGUUGAAGAACCUCUCGAAAUUGUGGAUUCGUCUCUUGAAACGCUGAAGACAAUCCCAUAUAUCAUUAUCAUGGACUCUCUUGGUCAGAAGCAUCCACGCGCAGUGAAUACUUUGGCUAGUUACUUGAAAUUCGAGGCGAUGGAUAAACAGCAGAAGGAGGCGGACGCGAUUACCAAAGCGGUCGGGAAAUAUGCACAAGUUCCCCUGCAGCCUAAUUUUUGUGAUUGUGGAAUCUAUCUUCUGCAUUUCGUUCGUACAUUUGUCAGUAAAACAGACCAUCUUGUGAAGGUUAUAACCAAAGAGCGAGCUGGGCGACAAUCCGAUUCACAAGCUGAUCGACACGAAGACUGGGACGCCCGUAAUGUCGAUAGCCAUCGUCAACAACUCAGUGACCGUAUUGAAGAACUUUCGAGGGAAUGGAAAAAUAACCGCGCUAGUCGAGCAGCAGUAACGGACGAAAACAAGCCAACCAAGAUUGUUGAAGUGAUAGGAUCUUCCGAUUCCGAGAUUGACAUCGUCGGGGAGUCAACGAAGAAGAAAGUACCAAGGCAAAAUUCAAAGCAAAAGUCAAAACAAAUCAUUCAGAAAGCUAAUCGCGUAAGAUGACGACGGGACACAUUUUAUUCAUAUCUUUGAUCCUUGCUCUGCUUCGUAUCCUUAUUAUACUGCCCUAUUCGCCACCUCACCUCUUGUUUCCUCCAUCGUAUUCACUUGCAUUGUUUGGCCGAUCGCAUUCAGUCACCCCACCAUAUGUAUUUCUAGUCUGCAUAUUGCUAGAUGCCGUUAAUUUUUACACUACCCCACGUAUUCAAACUCUUUUGUUUAAAUAUGUACUUCAAACCUCGAGGAUGCGAAAACCUGGACUUCUG